GAUAGCUGCGGCCGUCUUCAACUUGGGCGAUCAUGUCCAGAAGAACCGCCGCAUGGGUGGCGCCAUCAGCGAGGAAGAGUUGGCCCGGAUCUGCGAGAAGAUCGACCAGCUCAACACCCUGCUGGACGUGGAGCAGCCUUUCACCUUCCGUGUGCAAGACAAGCAAGGCUUGUCGGAGUUCAAGCCUGCUCACGGCGUGGUGGUCUUGCCAGUGGCAGAUGAUGCCUCACCGCUGGGUGAAGACUACGACUAG